CCGCCUCCCUCAGUUCCCUCACCAUGGCGGACGAACCCAUCAUGAGCAGUCGCCCUCCAUGCGCACAUGUGAUUCUACUCGCCAGUGAUGAUCCCCACCUCUCCACACGGCCCUGCUCUACGGCGCCGAUCCUCCGACAGCCCCUUGCGGCCCUGAUUCCCGUCCGCCUCCAUCGCGCCUCACCGUCGACGGCUGCCCGGCCGCCUUUCCUGUGGCGCUCGGCAUUCGUCCCCCACGCGGCCGACGGCGACUCCUCCGUCCUCCACACGGCCGGCAACAAAGACUCCACCACGCCGCAACAACGUAGAAGCUCCUCCCUUAGCAGAUGUGUUCUUCCUCUGCGCCACCUAUGUAGAGUUCCUGCACCCGACGCCACCGAUGCGAUGGUCUGCAUGUGUGGGCAGGGCACUACAACUGCUACUUGUGCAGAUCCACAAUAUUGAGGUUGCAGAACUUGCAGACGUUUGAUCUAAGAUGCCCGACUGUACUGC